GUAGAGCCUCUCUCUCUCUCUCUCUCUCUCUCUCGUCUUUCUCAUAUCGCACUCUCUCUCUGUCCCUUUCCCGUCUCAGAGGCAGGCAGUCAGUGGAGCAUCGGCACGGCAACGGGAGAGACACGGGAGCGACACAGGACUGAUGGGCAGAGAAGACGAGGACAGCCGACCUCGCUGACAGCGACACAACAUCAGGAACAUUUAGGGCAGAGCAUCACUUGGAAUGCGGUUCAAGUCAAAGCAGAAGCAACAGAUUGCCCCCAGUUGCAAAUGUUGCUGCAACUGAUGCUCUCCUGGCUGAUCUGAGCUUGGAAAUGAAGCAGAUUCCCAACAGCUCCUGCAGCUGACGUCUCCUGGGUUUUGAAAGUCAGUUCAUCCGCGUGAAAGAAAUGCUUCUGUCCUGUCAAAGCACGAGGAAUAGGCAACGCCGAGCAGCGGAAACCAAAAAGCUUUGAUUCAGCCGGAGAGCAACACGUUUCACGCUGGGGCGUCAACAUCACCUCAACCACCAGCGUCUCCUCCCAUCUUUCUGUCCUUCGCCGGGAUCUGAGGAAGACCGGGCGUACUAGCUGUGAAUGCACAAACAGGCGGAGGAUGCGAGACUGACAUGCAGAGAGCAGAGGUCAGGGAGUUUCACCGUCAAACAAGGAAGAGAUGUUUUAUCAGCGUGAAGAUCAGGUAGGACUCAGAAGCAGACAACAGUGAGUCCGCCAGACUGUCCCCCCACACUUCUGAGGACAACAAGGCACAAAGAGGGGGGUGUACACCAGCAUCUGCCUGAGAACGGAAGCAAAACAAGAAUCCAAAUCACUGGAGCAGGAAUGAAGAGAUUCAACUCGCACAUCCACAAAUAGAUGUUCAUUUGGAAAGAAAAGCAUAAACAAAGAUAUCAUUUAUCAGAACACUAAAACUCAUCAAACAACCGACAGAUAGAUAUUUAACUUUGGAAGGAUGUGUUUGGGGUCUGACGUCCGGAGAAGCAUCUUUCUUUGACUUCUUUAGUCCGGUUUUGCACCGAUUUCCUUCGGGGUGAGCAUCUCGGGGGUUCUUGCCUGACUCUUCUUUUCGGGGUGAGGUGGAUCUGCCGUGGGGGGCAGCUGACAGCUAUCCAAGACGCCGCGAGCCGUACUCCGCGUGAAGAAUGCCCAGCCUCGCCUGGCCAAGCCGGCCGACCCGGGGCCGACGGCGGGCCUCUACAUGGAGAGAUCGCAGAGCCGCAUCAGCCUGUCGGCGUCCUUCGAGGCCCUCGCCAUCUACUUCCCCUGCAUGAACUCUUUCGAUGAGGAUGAUGGGGUGGAUACAGAGGGCAGGAAGUUGAAGGGAACUAUCCAGAGGAGUACGGAGACGGGUCUGGCUGUUGAGAUGCCCAGUCGGACCGUCCGACAGGCCAGCCAUGAGUCCAUAGAAGACAGCAUGAACAGCUACGGCUCAGAGGGGAACCUGAACUACAGUGGCAUGUGUCUGGCAUCGGAUGCACAGUUCAGCGACUUCCUGGAUGGGAUGGGACCCGCUCAGUUCGUCGGGCGACAAACACUGGCGACAACAUCCAUGGGUGACAUAGAGAUUGGGCUGAUGGAGAGGAACGGAGGUCUGGAGGUGGAGGUAGUCCAGGCCAGAGGACUCACUAUGAAACCAGGUUCUAAGGGACCUCCAGCCGCCUACAUCAAAGUUUACCUCCUGGAGAACGGGAUCUGCGUGGCCAAGAAGAAGACCAAGUCAGUGAGGAAGUCUCUAGAUCCUCUCUACAACCAGGUCCUGGUCUUCUCUGAAAGCCCGCAGGGGAAAGUGGUGCAGGUGAUCGUUUGGGGCAACUAUGGACGGAUGGAUCGCAAAUGCUUCAUGGGCGUAGCUCGAAUCCUGUUGGAGGAGUUGGACCUCAGCACAAUGGUGAUUGGCUGGUACAAGCUCUUCCCUACGUCCUCCAUGGUGGACCCAACGAUGGCACCACUCAUCCGCCACUCCUCCCAGAUGUCCCUAGAGAGCACCAUUGGGCCCUGUUGUGAGCGCUCUUAAGACUUAAGAUAAAUAAAUAGUUCUGUUGUUGCGACAAAGAUGCCAUUGCUGUCUCAACCAAAUCCUAAGACACGUUUUUAUAUAGCCUGGCGCCUGGGUCACCCAGGUGGAACUACCCCUGGAACAGGUUUGAGUUCACUAUCUUACUUAAGGGCACUUCGACAGGUCUAACCAAACUUGGGUCUGAACCACUCUCCUGAUUUGGGACUUUACUAACUAGUACAUUGGAAAUACUGUACUUUAAUUAUUUUCUAUCAAACUGUUGAGGAGACUCACGGGAAGCACUUUUAUUUUGUUGAAGCAACCAACCGCCCUUCAGACUCACAGGAAUAUGACGCUCUCUUCAGAUCUCUUUGAGGAGAAAACAAAAACCCUACUUAAUGAGGAUACUUCAAAGGAGGGCUCGGCUGCCAACAUUGAUCACAUGCUAUUGGGACCACAACACACUUCGGGCUCAGCUUUUGCUUCCGCUACGCGCCUUCACAGACUACAUUUGAGUCUCAUUCCCAGAACUCCCUGUUGUCUUUCUGUGUCCUCAUUCAGGGGCUGGACAGCUCCUCAGUGUCAUCUGUCCAUCCACGAGUCUGGAGACAAAGUGAGACUGCCCUCAGACUGUUUGAGACACCAGGGUCCCAUUUUGCAGAAGCAAGAGGACAGCAGAUUGUAGUUGAAUGGAUCUGUGCACAGCAGGAGUACAGAUAAAAGAAUAUAUAAUAUAGCCUUGUUUAGCCUAUUUGUUGUAUCCAAACAAGACAUCUUGGUUUCACUCUGACUCAAGUUGUUUUUUGGUUUUUGUGUCACACGUUUGGCCCUUCAAUGUUAAUUUGGUACUAUGCGACUGUGAGUGGAGGCAGUAAUGAAAGUCUCUUUCAUCUCCUGGAAGGAUCUAGAGUUUUACCUGAUCUUGGGGAUCCAGAGUCCUGCUGGGUUUCUAUCAUACAAGUUACCAGGUAUUUACCCCCAGUGCCAGGUUUCAAUUGAUUCCUGAGUGGAUUUAUAUGGUUUUUAAUAAGAACUAGCAGGUACUGAGAUCCCAAUGACCAUGCUCCCAAGGGCUUGUAUAUUUUCAUUACUAGCAUUUGCAACAUUGUCUGAUUUUUGUCAUCUCUUGUGGAAGGGGAUUAUCAGAUUAAUCAGCCGAUGUUGUUUGGUAGGAAGGAAAACAUGCAGCUAUGUGGUUUCUUAGAAGAAGUGAUGUUAGACCCCAUUUGACCCGGUUGUUCCAUAAAUCUGUAGCCAAUUAAUUGGGUUCAAAUUGUUUCCGGCUUGUAUGAGCAGGUGCAAAUUGACCCAAGACACACAAAAAAACGUUUUAAAUGUGUUUGCCUGACUUCGGGAGGUAAUUACAUUUUAACCAGAUGGGAUUAAAGUGUAAAAGUAUUUGUUGUGUGUCAACCACAACCCUUCUUAGUGCAUAACGUUUGAUGCCACUGAACAUGCAUCCCAAAGUGGAUAAAACAGACAGAUCCAGAUAUCUGGUGUCACAGGAAACUAAAUUGGAUGUUAUGCAUAGAGUGUAAAAAUAGUGGACGUAUGAAGCAUUAAGUUUGGCGAUACGGUUGAGGUUGAGCUGUGGAUGAGGACGCAACAAGCCAGUAUUGUUAAGGGUUUCAAUGGCGCUGUGCUAAGCUACACGCUAACCCUUCUGAAGCGAGUCAUCCAGUGGAGAUUUUAGUGGGUAAAUGUGGACCAUAUUCGUCUGCAUGCAUGGCAGUACAGAACGAAACUUUAUCUCCAAUUAGCAGCUAACGCUAGCACUUGCUAGUUACCUUGGCGGGCAGAUCGAUCAACAAGACAUUUUUAGCUUUAAAGAUGCAGUAGGUAAGAUUUAUAAAACUUUCUAUUAUAAUUGCUGAAACUGACCCUAUAUUCACGUAGUACUACAUAUAAAAAAAUGUUGCUCCACUGGCUCCACCUACAGCCUGUAGUGCGAUUUGCAAAAAUCCACAGCUCCCUGUUCAGAUCCUCCAAUCAGGGCCGGGGGGCGGGGGGUCUAACUGGGCGUCAAUCACGGCC